AGAAGUAGUCUAUGGUUCAAAAUUGCAGAAUCGUCACGAAAUCGCGACUUGUACACUGAUGGGAAAGAAAAUAAUAGAUAUUUAGUUUUUAUUUGUGUUUCGUUGGAUUGUUUUUGUUAUUCUUGUGAUACUGUGACAAGAUUUAUGUGGAGGAAUACGAAGAUAUUGUGUAUAAUAGUGGUGUAAGCAAUAUGUGCACAGUGUUGAUUACGAAUGACAUCUGCUAACAAAAGGAAAACAGUAGCUCUAGGACGAACAUAGUCAUAUUUCAGAAUGAAUUCGACGGACACCGUCACUUUGGCGCCACAGCCGAUUUCUGAAGUGGUGCACAAAAUUUUCGAACGCUCACAGGAGCCAUUCCUGCAGACCCUAGCUGCCCAGGUCAUCGCAGGAAUAUUUGUAUGGACAGCCCUCUUCAUUACUUGCCAACAGAUCUACCAGCACCUGCGCUGGUACACGAACCCGUCGGAGCAGCGCUGGAUCGUGCGCAUCCUGUUCAUCGUGCCCAUCUAUGGAUGCUACAGCUGGAUAUCGCUGCUGUUCUUCAACAGCGACUCGUACUACAUCUACUUCUUCACCGUCAGGGAUUGUUAUGAAGCAUUCGUGAUCUACAGUUUCCUGUCGCUAUGCUACGAGUACCUCGGCGGCGAAGGAAACAUAAUGUCGGAGCUCCGCGGGCGGCCGGUGCGCGCGUCUUGCAUGAACGGCACCUGCUGCCUCUCAGGCGCCACCUACACCAUCGGCUUCCUGCGCUUCUGCAAGCAGGCCACGCUGCAGUUCUGCCUGAUCAAACCUUUGUGCGCUUUCAUCAUUAUAUUCCUCCAGUCCGCAGGCCACUACCACGAUGGUGACUGGAGCCCCAACGGCGGUUACAUCUACAUCACGAUCGUGUACAACUUCUCCGUGAGCUUGGCUUUAUAUGGGCUGUUCCUGUUCCUGGGAGCCACCAGGGAGAUGCUCAAGCCCUUCGACCCGAUGCUGAAGUUCUUCACCGUGAAAGCCGUGAUCUUCCUCUCGUUCUGGCAAGGUGUAGGCCUCGCCAUACUCGAGAAGGCGAACGUGAUAUCCCCGAUAAUGGACGCAAACGGCAUUCCCACCACCGCCGGUACCGUGUCGGCGGGCUACCAGAACUUCCUCAUCUGCAUCGAGAUGCUCGCAGCAGGCAUAGCGCUACGCUAUGCGUUCCCAGCCGCUGUGUAUGCGCGCGCGCACCGCGACCCGCACCGCUCCGUCACCAUGCAGUCUAUCUCCAGCAGCCUUAAGGAGACAAUGAACCCGAAGGACAUAAUGACGGAUGCAUUCCACAACUUCCACCCGCAGUACCAGCAAUACACUCAGUACAGCUCCGAUGUCACUUCUCACCUGCCUUAUGAGAAACUAUAAGCUCUGCCAUAGCUGUGCUCUGCAUGACGCGCAUUGAUGUCUGUUCGUUUACUAUUGAAUACCAUUAUCUAACGCCCGAGCAUGGAAACAUAACUAACUCGUGCAUUUCUAAGGACUUACUGACUGCAUUAAAAAAUACCUCAAACAAACCUGAAAAUACCCUUACCAGAAAAAAAACCAAUUGCUGAAUAGUAAAUCAAAUAUUUUUCAAUUUUAUUUGAAAAUUAUUUCACUUAUUAAUAAAUUGACUGAACAAAAAAAUGCAAAAUAUCUUUAAAAAGGUCAAAAAGUCGUUAUUUAACGAAUAGUUGUUUUCGGUGCUCGGCUGCGGAACCGUUACAUUUAUGUGUUAAGGUGUUUUAUUUUAUUUUAUGUAAUUUAUAUAAAGGUACUUGACUAGUCCGAAUGCAUAACGAAUUUACAUAAAGAUGUAUGUAUAACAACAUUUAAUGCGAAUUGUGUUUUCCCUUGAAUAAUGCUUAAAAUAAAAUAGUAAAUAAUUAAAAAUUCGGACUAAUCAUUGCCAUGUCGUUAGUAUUUUAUUCUUACCUAGAUGUCCCACGGUUCAUGAGCGUAUGUAUAGAAGAUUUUACUGAGAUUUAUGAAUAAGUUUUUUUUAUUUCUAAAUAGACAAUGAAGUAGGUAACAAGUGAUGAUAGUAGAAUUCCUGCCGCAAUUAUUUUAACUUGACUAUCAAAAACAGUUCAACGAGACGAAUAAAGCAUAACAUUUUUAUUUACUGAACGAACGAAAUAAAAAAAUGCAUUUAAUUCAGCACAAAGAUUCUACAUAAAUCGUCAACUGUUUCAAUAUUUCUUGCAUUUUGAGUUUUAUCAGUAUUCAUUUAAAGUUUUAUUUUAAAUAGCUAAGGGUGAUUAGUGUUUUGUAAGCGGUAAGUAUUUUAGUCAUUUUGUAGAAGAUUGAUCAGUUUUAUUCGAAAUUAACUAGUAGUUGAUACUUCGGUAAAAUUAAAUGUAUUAUUUUUAAAUGUGGUUUCUUCUGUCGCUAUUUUCAUUUUAUUCCAUUUUAGCUCUUAUUAGUUUAUAAUCGUAAUUUUAAAAUACGUUUUGACCGAAUAAGGUAAAUGGAGAUAUAGUUAAAAACCGGAGUAUUAACUAAACACAUGUACUUAACGUAGUUGGAUUUCUAUACAUACGCAAGAGUGAAAGAUAUUAUUUUUGUAUUGGUGACCGUAUCCCAAUCUAGGUGUAGCAUAUAAAGUUUUAGUACCUAUGUAAAUGUUUCGUUUUCUGUGAUUUAAUUUUCUUUUGUAUAUUUUUUUUGUUACAUUUCUUAUAAGCUAAUGGAUGAAAUCCUCUUAGUUGGAGCUAGGCUUGUGUUAAAAGUUGCAUAAGUGUAAUUUUUAACAUCAGGUAUUUAUGAGUUAUUAUUACAUAAGCAUUAAAUACUCGCCUCAAUGAUUAACAACGUUAUGCCAAUUAGUUGCCAGACCAAAGAAUGGCAUUUUCGAAUACUAAAACAGAAUUUCCAAACAAUAUAUUGGGGCGUUUAUAUUAACAAUAUUAAAGGGAAAUAACAAUUUAAUACAUGAUUAAAUAUAAAAAAUAACUGUUAAAUAUACAUUUUAGUUUCCUUUUUAUAUCAUAAUAUUAAUUAUAUUUUUAAGAUAAUUAUAAAAUAUAAAAUACACCUACAUUAACGAAAUACUUUGUUUACCUGUUUUGAUUAAGUUAAGUUGGAAUAGCAAUUUAAAAUCC